CUUCCGAUCGCAUUCCACUACUUCACAAGUACACACAGUACUGGACUGUACCUUCUUAGUCAUUGCAUGCGUCUGCGCAUGAGUGAUCUAUAUUUAUAUCUCUCUCCUCUUCCGCACAAGGGUAUCACUCCAUCCGCCCACCAUGAUUCCCGACGAGACCAUCGAUCGGCUGUUGGCGCACGUCCGACCCCACAUCCAACGCCAUCUUGACCUCCAGGCCUCGCAAGCCCGCCAACGAAAGCCCUUCAUCUUGGCUCUGACAGGUCUGCAGGGCAGCGGCAAGACUACCUGGACCUCCGCCAUCGUGCGCCUGCUGAAUGAGAAGUACCACGUCCGGACCAUCAAUGUCUCCCUCGACGACUUCUAUCUGCCCCACGAGGGGCUGGUCCGCCUGCGGCAGGAGAACCCUGCCAACGAGCUCUGGAAGAUGCGCGGCCAGCCGGGCACCCAUGACCCCGUCUUGCUUCGGGAGUUCUUCAACAGCCUGACGGUCACCUCCGAGACCUCGCCCUCUGAGGUCUGCAUUCCUGCAUUCGAUAAGAGCCAAUUCAACGGGGAAGGCGAUCGCGUGCCGCGCGACCAGUGGCGUCGGGUCCCGGUCUCCAUGGACUCCCCCGUGGAGGUCUUGGUGCUGGAAGGCUGGUGUGUCGGCUUCCAGCCACUGAGCGAGGAGGCGAUCGAGGCCAAAUGGAAGGAGGCCAAGGAGCACCACCACCACCCCCCGUCGCCCGCGCAUGCCGAGUCCGCCUUCUCAACACACACCCUGCAGAACCACGCCUUGUCUAGCUACUACACCAUCAACCAGAGCCUGCGCAACUACUGCGACAUGUUCAUGGGCCCCCAGCACCUGGAUUUUCUGGUGCAUCUCGACACCGACGAUCUGGCCAAUGUGUACCGCUGGCGCAUGCAGCAGGAACAUGCCCUCCAUCAGGCCAAGCACCAGGGCAUGACGGACGAGGAAGUGGUGGCCUUCGUGCAGGGCUAUAUGCCUGCCUAUGAACUCUACCUGGAUUCGGUGCGAUCGGGGAUUUUUCGUGGUCUGUCGGACGGACAACGGACCCACAAGGGUCAGGCGCGCGUGGUCCUGGGACGGGAUAGACAAGUGCUGGACAUGGUAGGUUACAACUGAAAUCGGGAGUUCUGGACUCCGGCUGCGCUGGUCGAAGUCCUUAUCCGCUUCAAUGAGAUAUGAUGAUGAAUCUAUACAAGAACCCCUCUCCUUCUCGGUAAAACUGCGCUCGAUGCCUGACUUCCAAGGCAUGAAAUCAUACUCUCCUCGGCAAUGACGUAAUGGAUUAUAGAUUAACUGAUUAACUAACUUAAGUAAACUUAGUGAAUUAGUGCCGAUGAUCGGAAGUUGAAUCGGAUGCACCCCCUCGGCAUUGCUGGCCGGCUAAUAUCCCGCUCGCCUGUAUAUUGCGCGCGGCAUCCGGCGCCAAAGACGCGGUAAUCCCAGCUGUCCUCCC